UUACAUGCAUAUCCUUUAAUCUUUUAUGAACAUGUGUUUCAUACUAUCAACUUGCACACUUGAUUAAAAGUUGGGCCCAUGUUGUUUAACACAUAUCACAUCCCACAUGAAAUUGGCUAGCCUUUUUCAACUUUUGAAGAUUCAAUCCAACCGUACAUCUCUUCACUAUCACAAAAUUUUGCUAUAUAUGAACAAAUAAAUAAAAUCCAAUAACUACAAAACUAACUGAAAUACUGAACCUUGUCCUUCCUCCUUUGUCCUUUCAAAAAACCUCCACUUAUUUAACUUCUCUCCUUUCUUUUCCAAAGACACCAAAACCAUCCUUUCAUUCAUUCACAUUCUCAAACCUCAAAAUAAAAAAAAACAUCAUAUCAAGUAUCAACAACAUCAUCAAAUCAAGCACUCGAGAUCACAGACUAAUCUUGAUCGUCAGAGUGUUUGCAGGCACAUCAUCUAAAACACUUGAUCGUCGGUCGCAGUGUUUGCAGGUACACCAUCUGAGCACAAGUUGUUCUUGAAUAACAAAAUAUGUUACCAAACCCAACAACCACCGUCCCCGACGCCAUCGCCCGCUACCACACCCACGCAGUCUCCCCCAACCAGUGUUGCUCCGCCGUCAUCCAACAUAUCGCCGCACCCGUCUCCACCGUCUGGUCCGUCGUCCGUCGCUUCGACAAUCCACAAGCCUACAAACACUUCGUCAAAAGCUGCCAUGUCAUCCUCGGAGACGGCAACGUCGGCACUCUCCGUGAAGUCCGUGUCAUCUCCGGCCUCCCCGCCGCCGUCAGCACCGAACGUCUCGAAGUCCUAGACGAUGAACGUCAUGUCAUCAGCUUCAGCAUGAUCGGUGGCGAUCACCGUCUUGCUAACUACCGUUCUGUCACCACUCUCCACCCUUCUCCGAUCUCCGAUGAAGAUGGCAACCACCGCUCCGGCACGGUGGUUGUUGAGUCCUACGUUGUUGAUGUUCCACCGGGAAACACCACUGAAGAUACAUGUGUCUUUGUUGAUACUAUUCUUCGGUGCAACCUUCAAUCUCUCGCGAAAUUUGCUGAGAAUUUGGCUUCAACGAGAUCAAAUCAACGAUAAAUUCAUCGUAAAUUUUCUUCUCUUUAUUUUUUUUUUAACUUUAUGAUUUUUACUCGUUUUGCUACAAUUUUUUACUUGUAAUAAUAUUAGUGAUUAAGUUGCUAUAUAUUUUUGUUUUUAUUUUUAUUAUUGCUAGGUUUUGCAAGUUUGUGUUGCCAGAGAGAAAAUGAAACUAGGGUUAAUUUAUUUAUGUAAUGUUCGUGUAAUCUUUGUUCUCAUUGUACUAAUUUUCAUUAGAAAAUGAAACUAGGGUUAAUUUA